AUGUGCUCCAUUGCUGAGCUGGCCUGUGUGACUUACGCCUAUGAUGCAACAGGAGAAGUCGACUGGGGCAAUAGCUUGCAGUCUGUGACCUGCGCCAGGGCGGAGGACGGCUGCCCUUGCAACGAGCAGUGGGAGAUCCAAUGCAUCGAUGCCGGCUUCAAGUACUGUGAGAGGGCGAGCCUGGGGUGUGGCAACAACAGCUCAUCUAUGGCUGGAUUCCGCAGCUUCCAUGAGCUGCGUGAUAUGGUAGCACGAUGGCAAGCAAGCGAAGUGAAUCCAGCAGAAAGGUCCAAGAUUAUCCUGAAGCACGGGGAGGUUGCAGAAUGGAACGUGUCGCUGGUGACGAACAUGCGUGGGCUUUUCAUGCAUUCGGAAUUCGACGACGAUAUUAGCAGGUGGGAUACAUCAGCCGUCACCGACAUGAGCCAGAUGUUUGAAGGUGCAGUUGCCUUCAACCAGGACAUUGGCAGGUGGGAUACAUCAGCCGUCACCGACAUGAGCCAGAUGUUUGAAGGUGCAGUUGCCUUCAACCAGGACAUUGGCAGGUGGGAUACAUCAGCCGUCACCGACAUGAGCCAGAUGUUUGAAGGUGCAGUUGCCUUCAACCAGGACAUUGGCAGGUGGCACACCUCAAGCGUCACAAGCAUGCGCAGGAUGUUCUACAGCGCAAGCGCCUUCAACCAGGACAUUGGCAGCUGGGACACCUCAGGCGUCACCAGCAUGGGCAGCAUGUUUUCCUGGGCAAGCGCCUUCAACCAAGACAUUGGCAGCUGGGACACCUCCAGAGUCACAAUUCUGGAGAGCAUGUUUUUUUCUGCAAGUACCUUCAACCAGGCUAUUGGCAGGUGGGACACUUCAAGCGUCACAAGAAUGGACUGGAUGUUCUGCGGAGCAAAGGCUUUCAACCAGGACAUUGGCAGCUGGGACACCUCAAGCGUCACAAGCAUGGACUGGAUGUUUUAUGGGCCAAGUGCCGCAAGCCCCUUCAACCAGGACAUUGGCAGCUGGAACACCGGAAGGGUCCAAAGCAUGGAGAGCUUGUUCAGGGAUGCAAUUGCCUUCAACCAGGACAUCGGUGGGUGGGACACGUCAAGUGUCACAAACAUGGACAGGAUGUUCAGGGGGGCAGCUGCUUUCAACCAGGACAUUGGCAGCUGGGACACCUCAAGAGUCACAAGAAUGGCGAGCAUGUUCGAAAGUGCCAGUAGUUUCGACCAAGAUAUCGGAGGAUGGGAUACCUCAAAUGUCCAAGACAUGAGCUACAUGUUCCACUUUGCCAGCGCCUUCAACCAGCAGUUAUCCACGUGGAAUACUGCAGGUGCCCGUACCACAGGCAUGUUCGAAGGUGCGGUGCUGUUUGACGUGUCCCCGUGCGGCGCUGGCCGAACAUCCGCACAGAAUGGACUCGGCUGCAUAUCCUGCCCGGCAGGGCGCGUCUCCUCUGCAGAUUCUGACAGUUGCAGGGAGUGCGGCCCGAACGAGGUGCCAUUUGACCUGAGCAGGUGCAUGGCUUGUUCGGAUUCCGAGUAUGCACCGCGGGGUUCGCAGACAUGUUUGCCCUGUCAGUGGCCCCUCCUGGCUGUGGAGGAAGGAUGUGUAUGGUGGCACCUGCUCGCAAGUGCAGGGUGCCUUCUUGUGAUCACUGUGAUCCUGGGCUGCGUGGUCUCAUACUGUCGCAGGAGGAGGGCGGUGAAAGCCGAGAAGCUGAUGACGCAGUUGUUUGAGGACCUGUGGGAUGAAGGCCCAGAUACAGCCGUGCAGUACCAGAGGUUGCUCCGUGGGCUUGGGGUUGACAAGGCCACGGUCUCCAGGCGCAUCCGGGAGUUUCGCAAGCUGCAGAGCCAGACGGGCGGAGUGAGUAUGAGCUACCUCCUCUCCUCCGACUUCCGUGACUUAGCGCGACUGCGCACGGGCCAAAGCGAUCCCACCUUCAAUGACAUGAAGGAAGCCUUCUGGCUGUCAGGCGAUCCGAUAGGGCGUUUGGUGAUCUGUCCCCGCGAUGGUCGAGAGGGAUGCGCCCUUGUCGAUUGGAUUCCGCGUAAUUACCGGCGGCAGCAAACUCACUUCAUGUCCUGGACCUGGUGCUACCGCCUGUCGCAAGUCACAAGCGCCCUCGUCAUGUACAGCAGGGGCAUGCCCGAGCUGGUGCCAAAGGACAUCUUCUUCUACAUGUGUUUUUUUGUUAAUAAUCAAUUCCGCAUAAUCGUAGAGGCCGCCGCCUCAGGAAGCGACAAUCUCGAGGAAGUCUUCGAGAGCAACUUGCGCCGGGUCGGCCGCAUGAUCGCCAUCCUGGACACUUGGGACGCACCGGUGUACUUGACCCGCAUCUGGAGCGUGUACGAACAGUACGUGGCAUCGAAAGUGGGGAUUGAGGUGAGCUUCGCAAUGCCGAAGCAAGCUUCCGAUUCUUUGGAGCUGCAAGUCAGUCGCGGGAGUGAAGGCAUGGCUGCGGUCACGAACGCGGUGAGCUGCGUUGAUGCGAUGAAUGCGAGAGCAUGGAAACAGGAGGACGAGAUCAAGGUGAAGAUGCUGAUACAACACACGGUGGGCUUCGACCAUGUCAACAAGCAUGUCACCGAAGUCAUGGCGACAUGGAUCGGGAACGUGGUGCGAAACAAGGUUCAGCGCGAGAUUGACUCGCGCCGCACCAGAAGCUUGACGGAGUCGAACCCCGAUGUCAGAAGCUUGACGGAGUCGAAUCCCGAUGUCUCGGGUGGCGACUACGUUGCCUUAUACUUUUGA